AUGACCACCCUCACCAACCAGCGCACCCGGACCAAGAUCGCAGACCUCCCCUCCUGGAUCCCCUCCGUCCCGCCCUUCCCCGGCGAACCCACCCUCGACGCACCCGCCCACGCCGCCUCCUUCCUCGCCGCACUCUCCUCCGCCGUCGGAAGCCGCGACUGGACCGCCUUCGCCGCCCUCUUCGCCGAGCAGUGCUGGUGGAAGGACAGCCUCACGCUCACCUUUGACAAGCGCACCAUCCGCGGCCGCGACGCCAUCGUCAGGGCGUGGACGGCGCUGUCCGAGACGCGCCGUCCCGGGAAGUUCUCCGGGGAGAAGGCCGCCGCGCGGGAGAUGGAGCCCGCCUUGGUUAGGAUGGGUCCCGAGCUCGCGGUGCUUGAAGUCCCCUUUGGGUUUGAGAAUGAGGCGCCCAAGGCGAGGUGUGUAGGGCUCGCGAAGCUGGUGCCGGAGGACGGGGGGUGGAAGGUCUGGGUCCUCACCACGCAGGUCGAGGAGUUGAUCGAUAGACCCUUCGGCACGCUGCCGCGUCUGGGUAGCCGGCCCUCCGCGAUCGAGGCGUCGCAGAGGGGACGUCCGGAGGCGCAGGGCCUGCCGCGGCUCAAAGAGGGAAGCGUGCUGGACGCGGUGGUCGUGGGGGGCAGCUGCAACGGCGUGGCGAACGCGAUCCGCCUCGACUCCGCCGGCGCCGACUGCGUCGUCUUCGAGACCGAGGGGCUCGCCGGCGGGAACUGGAGCCGGAGGCGCUACGAGGGCCUCCGGCUCCACCACACCAAGGCCAUGGUCUCGCUGCCGGGGUUCCCGGCCCCCGAGGCGUUCCCGGAGUUCCUUACGGGGGCGCAGCUGACGGCGUACUGCUGCGCGGCGGUGCGGGAGCUCGGGCUGCCGUUCUUCGCGGGGGUGGAGGUCGUGGGGAGUUCGUGGGACGAGGGGAGGAGGGUGUGGGAGGUGAGAGUGAGGGAGAUCGAGACGGGGAGGCGGGGGGUGGUGUUUGCGAGGAAUUUGGUGGUCUCGACGGGCUGGCUUACUUCGCACGAACACCCGAAGGUUCCUGUCAUGAGGGACCGGGAGGUGUUUGCGGGGCCGGUGAUGCAUACCACGGCGUACCGCAACUCGGCGCCGUAUAAAGGGCGGCGGGUCCUCGUGAUCGGGGCGGGGACGUCGGGACACGACGUGGCGGCGAGCCUGGCGCGGGACGGGGACGUGAAGGGGGUGACGCUGCUGCAGCGCGGGAAGACGUUGCUGGUCGACGCGGCGCCUGUGAUGGCGGUCAUCGCGGCGCGGUAUCGCGGGCGGAUGGACGUGGAGACGGCGGAUUUCCUCGAGUUCUCGUUCCCGACGGGCGUGCAGCGGGAUCUCGCCCGGGCGGGGUUCCGCGCGAUACUGGCGGGUGUGGAGGGGCGGACGAGGGCGUUGGAGGGGAAGGGGUACGUCGCGGAGAGGGAGCCGGAUCCGUUGGCGAGGCAGCUCGAGGAGAGGGCGCGGGGGAUCUACGUCGACCAGCCGGGCACGUUCGGGCUCGUGCUCGAGGACAAGAUCAAGAUCGAGCGCGGGGAGGCGAGGGGGUUCACGGCGGAGGGGGUUGUGGUUGUGUGCGAGGGGGAGACGGGGGAGGGGGAGAGGGAGAGGGUCGUGGAGGCGGACGGGGUGGUGUACGCGACGGGGUUCGGGUCGUAUGACCUGGCGGCGUGGUGGAGGGAGACGGGGUUCGUGGACGAGGGGACGGCGGCGAGGGUGGAGGAUGUCGGGGACUUGGGGGUUGACGAGGAGGGGGAGUUGAUUGGGGUGACGACGUUUUCUGGACAUCCGAAUUUGUACUUUGCCGGGUUUGGGAUUUUCACGUGUCGAUGGACUUCCAGGUUCGUUGCGGUGCAGAUUCUGGCUGAUGUUGAUGGGACGUUUCCUGAGAGCGAAUUGAAGCCAUUGAACAUCCCAGAAUUCAUCGCCAUGGGAUCAAAGGCGCUGCCAAAGGUCGAGAAGGCCACCAUCGCGGGGUCGAUCGAGAUACCCCGCAUCCUCAACGGGCUGUGGCAGCUCGCCGGCGGACACGACCAGGACAUCGACGUCGCGGCCGCGGCCGAGGCGAUGAAGCCGCUCAUCGACGCCGGACUCUACGCCUUCGACAUGGCCGACCACUACGGCCCCGCGGAGCAGGUCAUCGGCCGCCACAACCUCACCAACCCCGAGUCCAACCUACCCAUCACCGCCUUCACGAAAUGGUGUCCGCCCGAGACCGGCGACACGUCCUUCUCGACCGCUGAGGCCGCCGUCGACCUCGCCCUCGGCCGAAUGAAACAGGACCGCGUCGCGCUCAUGCAGUACCACGUCUGGGACUACACGGACCCGACCUACCUCUGCAACCUCGCGCACCUGCGCACCCUUCAACAGCGCGGCAAGAUCGCCCACAUCGGCCUCACCAACGUCGACGCCGCGCACCUCGAACUCCUCCUCGACUCCGGCUACGAGGUCGUCUCGAACCAGGUCUCGUGCUCCGUGCUCGACCUCCGGGUGCUCAAGGGCCGGAUGGCGCGGGUGUGCGAGGCCCGCGGGGUGGGCGUGUUGGCGUACGGGACGUUGUUGGGGGGCUUCCUGGGGGAGAAGUGGGUGGGCAAGACGGAGCCGCGGGAGGAGGAGGGGUUGAACUGGAGUCUGAGGAAGUAUCUCCGGUUCAUCCGCGCCGCGGGCGGGUGGGACGCCUUUCAGAACGUGCUGCGGGCCGUCGCGAGCGUCGCGGCCAAGCACGGCGUGUCGAUCGCCGCCGUCGCGAUCCGAUGGGUGCUGGACGUCCCCGUGGUCAAGGCCGUCAUUAUCGGGGCGCGGCUCUCGGGGGACAGCGAGACGUACGCCGCGAGCAACCUCGCGGCCUUCGCCUUCUCGCUGGACGACGAGGACCGGGGGUUGAUCGCGAAGGCGCAGGCGGGGCUGACGGAUAUACCGGGCGACUGCGGCGACGAGUACCGCCGGCCGCCCUUCCUGACGGCCUCGGGGGACCUGAGCGAUCACGUCAAGGAGAGCAGCGCCAUGCAGCGGGUCGAGGAGGCCGUGGCGAAGGGGCAGAGGGUGGAGUUCCACUCCGGGAGCAAGUGGGAGCCGAUCGCGGGCUACUCGCGCGCGGUGCGGUUCGGGAACACGAUACGCGUGUCCGGGACGACGGCGAACCCGCCGCCGGAGUUGCGGGACCAGCUCGGAGGGGUGGUCGGGGGCAAGUCCGCGCGGUCACAGGCCGUUGCCGCGCUUGAUAUCAUCGAGGGGGCUGUUCGGCGGCUCGGGGGGACGAUGGCGGAUGUGGUUCGGACGCGGGUGAUGCUGAGGAGGGAGGAGGAUGUUGCCGGGGUGUCUGAGGCGCACGGGUGGGUGUUUAAUUGUCACGGGAUAUGGCCGGCGAAUACGCUCACGACGGCCGGGCUUAUUGGAGAUGAGGUACUGGUUGAGAUUGAAGUUGAAGCUGUCGUCGGGAGUGGGAAGUCGGUUGUGGCCAUCUCGUGA